UUUCAGCAACCCAAAGCAUUAUUAUCUGAAGUCCCACGAGGUCCACGCUAAGAACGGAGCGAUCCGCAUUUCAUCUUCCUCACUUCUUCUAUUUAGAGCCCUAAGCUAUAGGCGCUUCUUAAUUAUCUGCUUUGAAUCCAACCUGUUUCUUUCAGUAACAGUCGCAGUGCACCAUGGCAACACCACCGCAAGUUAUCACAUGCAAAGUGCAGGGGCUGUGUGGUGGGGAGGCGGAGAAAACGAUGUGAAGGUGGAGGAUAUACAAGUGGAUCCUCCGAAACCAACCGAAGUUCGGGUCAAGAUGCUCUGUGCUAGUGUCUGCCACACCGACCUCACUAGGGCCAGAGGACAGCCAUUACCUCUGUUCCCCCGAGUAUUAGGCCAUGAAGGAGUUGGUGUUGUUGAGAGCACUGGGGAGAGAGUAACAGAUCUGGAAGUAGGCGAUGUUGUUAUUCCUACAUCUAUCGGUGAAUGUCAAGAAUGUGAGAACUGCAUUUCAGGGGAAUCCAACCUGUGCCUGAAAUACCCUCUUACGUUAAAUGGCUUAAUGCUGGAUAACACAUCAAGGAUGUCCAUUAGAGGUCAAAAGAUAUACCAACUUUUUAGCUGCUCCACGUUUGCAGAAUACAUGGUAACUGAAGCAAAUUACCUCGUCAAAGUUGAUCCCAACAUUGACCUUGCCCAUGCUAGCAUCAUCUCGUGUGGGUUUUCUACUGGUUUUGGAGCUGUUUGGAAGGAAGCAAAGGUUGAAAGAGGAUCAUCCGUAGCUGUGUUUGGCCUUGGUGGUGUUGGAUUAGGUGCUAUAAGCGCAGCCAAGAUGAUGGGGGCAAGUAAGAUAAUUGGGAUUGACAAGAAUGAAAUGAAGAAAUCAAAAGGAGAAGCUUUUGGAAUGACAGAUUUUAUCAAUCCUGAUGCCUGUGAUAAAUCAGUUUCAGAGUUGCUUAAGGAACUGAGUAAUGGAAUGGGUGUAGACUGUUCCUUUGAGUGCACUGGAGUUGCCUCUUUACUUACUCAAGCCUUUCAAGCCACGAAAUUGGGAAAGGGAAAGACAAUAGCAAUAGGUGCGGUAUCUCAAGAAUUUGUGCAUAUCGACUUUUCCUCGCUUAUAUUUGGGAGAACUUUAAAAGGUUCCAUUUUUGGAGGAUUGAAACCUAAAUCUGAUCUGCCCUUCAUAGUUGACAAAUGCUUGAAAAAGGAGUUCCCUCUUGACGAAUUUCUUACUCAUGAGGUGUCACUAGAAGAGAUGGGUAAAGCUUUGGAGCUACUAAAACAACCAGACUGUGUCAAAGUUAUCAUAAGGAUAUCUAUAUGAAGUAUAGAAGAUAAAUAAAAGCAAUUCAUGCAAGCGUAUGAAGCAACUUUAUUUUCAGUGAAUUUUGUGUGGUUUGUAUUUGAGUUUUCCAAGCAAAUUAAAUUAUCAAUUCUCGUUUAAUGAGGCAGAUCUUUCAAUAAUUAA